AUGGCGCCACAAUGCCCCCCUGAUCUGCGCGUUCUCUGCCACAAACUCACCACCACGCCGCCCGACCUGCUGCCUCGCCAGUUGCCUGCUCUCUCUCGCAAUGUCUUGCGCUGCAAGGAUGUUCUGGCCGCGCAGCAUGAUGCCAAGAACAAGGAGGACGCCACGACAUCAACUCUAGUCCACAAGUUCAAGAGAAGCAUCACGACGCUGCUGGAAGGCCGGAGCCGCGAUGGUCGCUUUGCUGCUGUCGUUCUCAUCAAGGCCGUUGUCGACGUCGGUGGCUGGGAGAUUCUUCGCACCGCCGGGCCUUGGGUAAACGGCCUUCUCUCCAUUGUCCAGAAAGGAGACCCCAUUGCCUCCAAAGAGCUUGCCAUUGUCGUCAUCACUCGCAUCUAUAUUCUCCUCCAGCCUUAUCAGACCCUCAUUCGUGAAAUAGCCACUCCUACCAUCCCGGCCUUUGGAACUGCAUGCGUUCAGCUGCUCAAAGCAUAUGCUUCAACCCCGCCGCACGUGUCCGAGACCAUCUGCACAGCGUUGUACACUCUGAUUCCUCACCAUCCCGCAACUCUCCGCCCUCUCAGCUCGCAACUGCGAACCGCUGUGAGACCCUAUCUUGCGCCCACCUGCUCAGACGCCAUCCAUGUUCCUGCGAGCUUGUCCCAUGCCGCCAGAAGACUUGUCAUUUCUAUGCAUUUCGUUGCCGCCAAGUCUAGCGGCAGCGACGAAUGGGGCAAGCUAGUCGAUACUAUCCUGCGUGAUCUUCAUCAGACGGCCGACCAGGUCUUACGUGCAGUCGACGAAUCAUGGCAACCUACCAGUGGUUAUGACAGGACUCGAGUAUCGACUGGCGGUGAGCCCCGGGGAGGAGACGAGUCUAGUCCUGAGCAGCUUCCCUCAUGGGUUGGAGUCACGGCCGGAGCUGAGCGCCUGGCUGGUCUAUUCUCUUACUUGGAGGAUACAUUGAGAUGUACAACUAAAUCAGCCGUUACUAUCCCUAUUGGCGCAUAUCUGGAUGCUAUCUGUCGCAUCUGUGUUAUUGCCCGACUAUCACCAAAAACACAAACGUGGGAUCAGGCUCUGGACACGAGCGCCGGCGUUGGCCGAGACGAAAAAGAUGAGCUAUGGAGCUCUGUGCCAACUCUCCACAUUGCCGCCAUGUCUCUGUUACUGACCAUGGUUCAGCAACUCGACCGCGACAUGAUUCCCCUCGUGCCCGAGGCCGUUGACCAUCUUGUGCGAGUUGUCAAGUCUGGCAUGGGCCUCGCCCCCAUCCGAGCCAUUGGCUACCAGGUCCUCGACCAACUUCUCAACAUCGCGGGAUCUACAAUGCCCAAGACCACCGUCGACAUGCUUGACCCCAUCAUGGGCGCUUGCUGCCGCGACCUCCAGCAAGACGCUGGUGUCCUCAAGCCCGCGGAGAAGCCCGCACCGUCCGCCAAGGACGCCAAGAAGAAUGGAGGCAGCGUUGCCAUUGCCAACGUGGACCUCUUCCUGGCUAAGCCAGACGCCAACGCCCCCGAUACCAACCUCAAGCUUGAGUCUGCUCACAGAAACUCUGCCUCGAAGCUUCUGGCCACGCUGCUGUCGUCUCUGACGCAGGGUCAUCUCAAGCCGACGAUGCGUGGCCUCAUCGACAAGACUGCCAUCGUUACAGCGAAUCGCGAUGCCAUGCUAUCCAGCGUGCUCAACCCUUACAAGGACCAGCGCGGCCGCCUGUAUCCCAGCAUUUUGCCCUAUUUGUGCCGACAGUACCCUGAAGACCAAGGUCUCGAGAUCUUGCGCAGCAACCUCCGCACGAGCAGCCUCAACGGCUCCGGCGACAUGUUUGCCAGCUUUCAAGAAGUUGUAGAAGAGCAGGAGGAGGACGAUGAUGAAGAAGCAGACGCAGACGAAGAAAUGGCGGACGGCGACGUUGCCGCUACCGAUUUGGGUUCCGCAGGGGCCUCCAAAGGGGAUGAAAUAUCACAGCUAGGCUCUCUGACAUCCCUUCCCAAGAAGAACGGUACCGAGACCCCGCAAGAGAACCCCUUUGCCGCACGGAGCAGUGUGGCUGACAAUGGCUUCUCUGCCGUGACUUCUUCUGACUCGCCGUCGAAGCGCAAGCACGACGGCUCGGACGAGGCGGCGCCGGCGAAGCGUCUAGAGGUUGGGAAGCCCGCGGAGCUUCCCAAGGCCAAGCCUGCAAUACCGGCGCUGGCGGCGAAGCCUGCAGAGGACGAAGAGGACGAAGAUGAUGACAGCGAUGUGAGCGUACAUCUGAACAUGGAGCUCGAGGAUGACGACGAGGAUGAUGAAUAA